UUCCCCGCAGGCGGAGACGAGGCGGCGAGUCGCGGGCGCUGGGAAGAGGUGACUGUGCGGCGGGUAAUAAAUCAUCAUUAGUCAAGAUGUCUUCAGCACCCGAGGAACCACCCAAAGAGAAAGAUUUUCGAAACCCAGGGCUCAGAGGGGUCCGCACGACUACUUUAUUUAGAGCUGUGAAUCCAGAGCUCUUCAUUAAACCUAACAAACCUGUAAUGGCUUUCGGAUUGAUAACCCUUUCCCUAUGUGUGGCUUAUAUUGGUUAUCUACAUGCGACACAAGAGAAUAAAAAGGACCUCUAUGAAGCUAUUGAUAGUGAGGGACACAGUUAUAUGAGGAGGAAAACAUCUAAAUGGGAUUAAUGGUUCUGGGUACUAUGGAUGGAGCUAUAUUAAAGACUCUGGAAUCAUCAAAUGAUAGACUGAAAAUGUACAAUAUCAUGUUUCUUGUGCAGUUGCAUUCAAACCACUGCAGUACAUUUUUUUU